UGCACAUAAUAGGACACACCUGUUGAUCUGUAAUUUAUGUCGCUGCCAACUGAGUGCGCGUUGCAUAGUCGUCUCAGAUCAAGCCUUUGCUUAGUUAACACUGACAGUGUUGGGCUACAAUAAUGAAGACAAGGGUGGUUCAAGACAACGUCCCUUUUUGGAGACUGUAUGCAUUUAAGAAGCAGGCUGGCAUGUUGCUUUUAGAUCAAAAAUACUUUUCAAACAUACAUAGUAGUCCACAUUGAUUGACACGCCAAACCACCUGCGCGUUCAGGGGCAACGUGAAAUCUCAAUUGAGAUCAGCAAUUCUCCAAAAUUCAUCCUUCAUGUCCUCGGGAAUGAAAUGUCGCAGAUAAGUCAGACCACACCAUCAUAUCCGACUGAAGGUUACCCUGUGACAAAUUUGACUUUAGUCGUCCUUUUGCUCAUACCCUUUGUGGUCAUUCUGCUUCUGCUGAACUGCCUGUUCCUGGGUUACAAGUUAUUGAUCCUGUCAAAGAAGACCCGACAGAAGCGAGAGGACGCAGAGGAGAUGCUUUUGCAGUCCUCCCUGCAAAGAGUCAUAAGAGUAUCUGACAUGGGUUUUCCUUCGCUGCAGGACGAGAGGAGAGCUUAUAUGUCUCUAUCGGAGCCUAUCCUGCCCCAUCCUGUCACCUCUUCCAGGGCUUCAUCCAGGGAGAGGGCCGGGGCGGAUAAGAGGAUCCGGCUCCUGAGGCCAGAUGGUGCCACCGGCUCAAGGUCCCUGAGGGCGCCGAGCACCAUCCGGGCCACCUCCUCUACGGCUGCUUUCAGCACAAGACUCGAACUGCCCUCUGUCUCACGGGCAUACAGCAACGCGCGAUGGUGUAAAAGCGCACCGGUUUUACCACAGUCCAGUGAUUCGGAGGCUGAAACCAGAGUUAACCUUGUUCCGCCAAAUUCUCCAACGCAUGAGACACAACAUGUGGGUCAUCUUCGUCGGAGCAGUACUUACGAGAGGCUGACAGAUGUGAACCCACAUGUUGCAGUGCUUGUGUUUGACAAAGUGGACAUGGAGUGUGACUACACCAACCUGCCGUCAGAGGCGUCCUGCCUGAACACAUCUGCAGUGGGUCCUGGACUGGACAGCGACUUUGGUGCAAGUGCAGGUGUCUCCCUGCGGAUUCUGUCAGGAGACAGUGACAGUUUGUCCAACGGUGUUCUGGCUUCAGCCCUGGAGUGGGAUUAUUAUGACCCCUGCUAUGUUAAACAGAAUAAUGUAAACAAACACAAACACCACAGACCUGCGGUGCACACCAAACAGUACUGGGUGUAAUAUGUUUCAGCUGUGUGAUCAGUGGUUUUAAUGUUUAUUUUUUAUUUAUUUAUUAUAUUUUAAUCUAUACAUGUUUUAGUCUUCAUUUAUUUAGUUUGUCUCACUUAUAAUCACUAGUUUAAAUUGACACUUUAUUAGGAAUGCAAUCUGCCACUGAAUUUGUUCAAACUGUGAAAUAUUUACUAUGCACCUUCACUUAUAUUAUGAAAUAGUUAUUAUGCACUUCUUCACUUAUGUUCAUCUAAAUUAGUCACUAUUUAAUGUUCACAAGGCUGUUCAGCCAGUUCUGGAUUUCAUAAACAUUCACAUUAAGAUUUAUAUUCACUGCUUUUGAUUUAAAUGUUUUGAUUCAUUCAGAGUAAUAAAGACUAAUUUGGAA